GUGAAGGUUGCACCGCAGUCUGUAUAUUGUUUUGAAUUAAGAUUUUCUUGAGUUCGAAAUAAAACGACACCGUUAGCCAAGAUGUCGUCCAGUGAGAUAUACCGCUACUAUUAUAAAACUUCCGAGGAUUUACAGGCAUUCAAAUCGAAUGCGAACGAAACGUACUUUAAUCCAAUGGGCGCCUACAAUCCACCGCCAUUGAUUAGCCACAGCAAUAAUAGUCAUCAACAGCAGCAGCAACAGCAGCAGCAGCAGCAGCAACAAUUCAAUUGUGCUCCCACCCACAAUUUUCUGCCGACCAACGGUUUCAUCACCUUCGAGCAGGCAUCUUCCGAUGGCUGGAUUACCUCCUCCCCCGCGAGUCAUCGUUCCGAAAGUCCUGAGUAUGUGGAUCUCAAUACCAUCUAUGCGAACGGCAUACACAAUGGCGCUCAUGCACUGCAUGCAACUGUUACGCAAUUCGGCUUGCAUUUGGAAUCUCCGUCAGUGCCAGCGUCGUCUACACAGCUAACAGGAUUAACAGCAGCGUCAUCAACGUGCAGUCCAAAAGCCUGUCCCGCCAAAGGAACUACCAGCAGCAGCAGCAGCAGCAGCAAUAGCAGUGUAACAACCAAAGCAAAGCGUUCCUACACACGCCGCACACCGAAAACAGCGCCAACCUCGUCCGCUCAAUUGCCACCGAUCUCCAGCGACACCAUUGUUUCCAUAGCCACCAAUGCCGCGGCUGCGAUUAGCGCGAAUCCACAUUUAACUACCAACAACGCCUACACGUCAGAUUUCCAAAGUUUCGAUUUUGAUCACGCCGCCGCGUUAUUCGAUGGCGAUAGCGUCGAUGAUGACGAAGUUGACGAUCACAUGCUACUAUUCGGCGCUGACGAUGAUUACGAAGGCGCUGAUGGCUCUUUCGAGCUGGUCGACCAAUCCGGCACUAUGCAGACAGAGGGCGCAGCCGCCGGCAUCGCGCAAUCCGGCACUAAGAAGCGUCGCGGCAAACAAAUCUCGGCGGUCAUCAAGCGUAAGCGUCGCUUGGCGGCAAAUGCGCGAGAACGCCGUCGCAUGCAGAAUCUGAAUCAGGCCUUCGAUCGGUUGCGGCAAUACCUGCCCUGUCUGGGCAACGAUCGUCAGCUUUCCAAGCACGAGACACUACAAAUGGCGCAAACUUAUAUAUCGGCGUUGGGCGAUUUGUUACGCUAAAACGAAAUGCGAUGAUGGUGCAACGUAGUGGUUGCGCCGAAUGAAGACGUAUGUAUGUAGCCGUAGCAGUAUUUUUGUUGUUGUUGUGAGAUGCAAAUGACUGAGUUAAAAAAUACAAAUUAAGUUUAAAAUUGUGUUGAAUUAUAGAAAUUUCCUUAGUUGUAAGUAAGUGUGAAUUUGUUGGAAAAUAUUUAUUUAAGAUUAGUAAGAAUUGUUAGAAAUAAGUGGAGUAAAAUUUUGUAUGCAUAAUGAAACCGGAAGACAAAAAACCUAAGCCUGUUUAUAGU